AUGGGCUGUGUUUUAGAAAACUACACCCUGGACAUCUCGUUCAGCCUGAUCUGUCGGUUACCUGUCUUCUGCGACAAGUUUGGCUGCUUCGAUUACAACUUAAAAGGGUUCAAGGAUACUAGUGGCAUCACCCAGGAAGGAGUAAUCAAAAUUCUCCAAAACAGCCGUACACCUGACCUGUCUGACGUGAUAGACACCUUCUCACCCGACUCUGAAACUAUUGAACGAUAUAAAACGCCAGCCGAUAAAUUCAUCAUCACCUGUAGUCAUGACCGGAAGAGUUGUUCCCAUGCAAAUUUCUUGGAGUGGACAAGUGAUCAGUAUGGGAAGUGCUACACGUAUAACUCAGCCUUCAAGGCCGGGUACAACAACACAAUCAUUAACACCAAGCCCAAGAAGACCUCCUCAGUUGGCCCCAGUAAUGGCCUCCGGCUGACAAUAAACAUCCAGCAGAACAACUAUGUAGCGUUGUUGUCUCAAGAGAUUGGCUUGAGGAUGAUCGUCCACAGCCCCUACCAGCUGCCCUUUCCAGAGGAUGAGGGCUUCAACGUCUCCCCUGGCAACAGUAUCAAUGUCGUUGUUACCACGAAGAAGCUGGAGAAGGUGGGUGAACCACACGGAGAUUGCAAACUCAAGGGAAAAUCUCAAAUCUUCAAGGAGUACUCCUCUCUUCGAUGCAAGAAGAUAUGCAUUGAGCGGCAUUUCUGGAUAAUGUGUGGUUGCUACGUGGGUAAAAGUCCAGUCUAUGACAUCAAGGGUUUAAUCAAGCCUAAUAAUUCGUGUUCUCUCAUCAAUGCCAAAGAAAAGCUGUGCAUGGAUAAGGUGAUGUUCUUAUAUCAACAGCAGCUUCUAAACUGCAUUUGUCCACAAGCCUGCAAGGAGACUGUAUAUGAGAGUCGGGUGACAUUAGCCGAGGAAAACAGACCUUUCUACAACAUCAUUCAGAAACUACUGAACAGAACAUUGGGUGACAGCCUGUGUUCGAAGAAAACCGGAUUAGUUCGCAUCCACCUGUACCUUGACUCCCUCACUUAUGAGAUUAUUAGAGAGAGCCCUGCAUAUACAUGGGACACACUUGUCUCCAAUGUUGGAGGUGCCUUAGGGCUGUUUAUCGGCAUGUCACUCAUCACCAUUGUGGAGUUUUUGGAAUUAAUGGUGGAUGUAAUCCUGCUCUGUUUUCAAUCAAGAUGGAAGAGCAAACCAGAUUCGCAGAUGAAGACCGUUACUCCAACACGAAGUACAGUACACAGUUUGAAGCCAACUUUCCCAACAGGCAAACAGCCCUUCACUAGCAAUGCAUCACGGCAUCAGAUUGCAAAGAGAGAUUCUACUCGUGCAUCUGAAGCCUUCAACAGAAUCUUUGCAGACUUUUAAAACAGCUCGACCUCGUGAAUAAUGGUCAAAUACCAUUCUCAUUAAUCCAGCUGCCGAACCCCCAUUUA